GGCCCUCAUAAGCGGCAUCACUACCGCGCUUCACUUCGUACCUUAUCUUCUAAAUGUUUUCGUUGUGCGACAAUAUGUGUCGUUCGAAAAUGGUCCUAGCUGUGAUUAAAAUUGUUUAAAAUGAUCAGUGUCAUCACCUUGCCGCUGUGAAAUAUCAUUUCCAUUUUAUUUUGUCUGAAGUGAAUUAGUUUUCUAAAAUAUCGUGAGGGGGUGGUGCCGUGAUGCCAGUUCGUAAGCAAGAGGCCCACCGAGCAUUAGAACUGCUGGAAGACUACCACAGCAAACUGGUAAAGCCGCAGGACCGACAACUUCGACUCGCCAUCGAGAGAGUUAUUAGGAUAUUUAAAUCACGACUAUUUCAAGCUCUACUUGAUAUUCAAGAAUUCUACGAGCUCACGCUUCUCGAUGACACGAAGUCGAUUCAGCAAAAGACUGCGGAAACGAUACGAAUCGCGAACAAAUGGGAAGCAGACAAUGUUCGACGGGAGAUCGCCACAGAAGAUAGUGAUUACAGAAGCGUAUCAAAUGCAUUCCUUCAAGACAACAACAAAAAGUCUGAAUCGCGAAAUGCUACACCAGAUUCGACGAAGGCACUUACUGUCAUCCCGCCGAGUGGAGGAAUCGAGGAUAGGAAGGCUCACGUCACAUCACCAGAAAUGAAGCAGCCUUUGCAGGUAAAUGGCAUAGAAGGUGGUGGCAAUGAUCGUACACAAGGUGAGGAUGGGUACAUCUAUAUGACGGUGGUGCUGUCGCGGGCGGGCGGCGCGGGGCUGGGCUUCAGCAUCGCCGGCGGCUCCGACAACCCGCACGUGGCCGACGACCCGCACAUCUACGUCACCAAGCUCAUCCCGGGGGGCGCGGCCGCGGCCAGCCAGCUGCAGAUCAAUGAUGCGAUACUACAGGUGAAUGAUACGAGUGUUGACAACGUUACGCACGCCGACGCAGUUGACGCAUUAAAAAAGGCUGGCAAUACCGUGAGACUGAAAAUACGACGUCGUGCGACAGAAGAUACUCUUAAUGUUUUACAAGUGACAAAGCCUGAAGAAUCCGUAGAGAUCGAGCUUGUGAAGGGCGGCUCCGGUCUCGGUUUCAGUAUAGCAGGGGGUCUGGGAAACCAACAUAUCCCUGGUGAUAAUGGCAUAUACGUGACCAAGAUCAUGGCUGGUGGUGCUGCUCAUAGAGACAGCCGUUUGAGGGUCGGCGAUAAAUUGUUAAUGGUUAAAAAUACUUCGCAUGGAGAUGUAAACCUAGAUAAUGUGACACAUGAGGAUGCAGUGGCCGCGCUGAAGGCCACCGGCGAGCGCGUCGUACUGGUGCUAGUGCCCGGCCCAAGACACGGGCAGCCCUCGCCGCGGACCUCGCGCGCCAACACGCCCACCAGAUUGACAAUUGAACAUGACAAUACUGAAACAGCGUCAAGCGCGGCAAACUCGUUGCGGCGCGAGGACGUGACCGACAGCAACGAGGAGGCUCGUGUGGUGGAGCUGGAGAAGGGCCCCGCGGGGCUCGGGUUCAACAUCGUGGGCGGCGAGGACGGCCACGGCAUCUACGUGUCGUUCCUGCUGGCGGGCGGCCCGGCCGAGCGCUCGGCCCGUCUGCGCCGCGGCGACCGCCUGCUGGCCGUCAACGACACCGACAUCACGCACGCCACGCACGAGCAGGCCGCGAAGGCGCUCAAGAGCACGGGACAAAAUGUGAAAUUAACAGUUGUGUACAGGCCACAGGAAUACAAUAAAUUCGAAGCGCGUAUCAAUGAGCUUAAGCAACACCAUACACUGUUAAGAACGUCACAAAAGCGAUCCUUGUAUGUCAGAGCACUGUUUGACUACGACCCGGUGCGGGAUGACGGCCUGCCUUCCCGAGGGCUGCCAUUCAGAUACGGUGAUAUAUUGCACGUCACAAACGCCUCCGACGACGAAUGGUGGCAAGCUAGGCGGCUAGACAAGACGGAGUCAGACGCUAUUGGCAUCAUCCCGUCCAAGCGGCGCUGGGAGCGCAAGCAGCGCGCGAGAGACCGACAGGUCAAGUUCCAGGGACAGGGCACGCCCGUUAGCACGAGCCAAUCGACACUUGAAAGGAAAAACAAGAAAUCAUUGUCGUUCAGCAGAAAGUUCCCAUUCAUGAAGAGUCGAGAGGACGGCAAAUCUGAAGAUGGUUCGGACCAAGAACCUUUCAUGCUUUGUUACACGCAGGAGGACGCUAACGCGGACGGGGAAAUCUUGUACCGAGUGGAACUUCCCAUGAUGGAGGAGAUAACGCUCAUUUAUCUCGAGGACGAGAGUCAAGAUGAAACGGUGCUAUCGUAUGAGACCGUACAACAGUUGACCAUAACUUAUACGCGGCCAGUGAUUAUCCUGGGCCCGCUCAAGGACAGGAUUAACGACGAUCUAAUAUCUGAAUUCCCUGACAAGUUUGGCAGCUGUGUGCCUCACACGACGCGGCCGCGGCGCGACUACGAGGUGGACGGACGCGACUACCACUUCGUGGCCAGCCGCGAGCAGAUGGAACGCGACAUACAGAACCACCUGUUCAUAGAGGCCGGACAGUACAACGACAACCUGUACGGAACCUCCGUAGCCUCCGUCAGGGAAGUCGCUGAGAAGGGCAAGCAUUGCAUUUUGGAUGUGAGCGGCAAUGCUAUUAAGAGAUUACAGGUGGCUCAACUUUAUCCCAUUGCCAUAUUUAUAAAACCAAAGAGCAUAGAAUCUAUUAUGGAAAUGAAUAAGCGAAUGACGGAAGAACAAGCGAAGAAAACUUACGAACGAGCGCUGAAAAUGGAACAAGAGUUCGCCGAAUACUUUACUGCGGUAGUGACGGGCGACACGCCGGAGGAGAUCUACGCGAAGGUGAAGGCGGUGAUCACAGCGGAGAGCGGCCCCACCGUGUGGGUGCCGCGCCGCGAGCCGCUGUAGCGUGCCAUAGUAGUACCUAACUAGUGCCUCACCCGAGCCCCGGCUCCUGUUUUAUACGAUAGCUCGUGUCGCAGCCCCGCCCUAGCGCGUCUAGCGCCCUCUAGCGCCCUCUACCGCCCGACCACCGCGAGCCUGCGGAUCAUGCGCCUCUUUCUAGAUUUACGAUCAGACUUUCUUCAUCACCGCUUGAUAGAUAGACCAUAUCGGAUCGUUACUUUAGCGUUAAAGAGAUUGUUUCUAAAUUUAAUGUAAAUUGUCACAUAUGGAUAAAUUGUUGACCAAGAACUGGCUAUUUAUAGCAUUCACUGUUGUUCACUUACUUACGCUUAUGUUUAUCGUGCAAAUCUAUUAACGAGGACGUUUCGUCGAAUGCAAGUUUUAUAUCGAAUUAUUAUUUUAAUUAUUUGACAAAGCCCACUAAUAUUGUGCUUCAAUUAACUAUGUAAAUUUAUUGUAUAUUUAAUAACAUUUUAAAAUGGUAUUAUACAUGUUAAUUUACUCAGGUUGCUAGAUACUUUUAAAUUUUCGUCAGUGUUAAGAGUUUAAAAUAUAAUUACAAUAUUCAAAUAGUGGAUUAAUCGUUGAAGACGAGUCACGUUGCACAGGUGAUGUUAAACCGCUAUAUUACGUAUACCCACUAGUUAUGAUAGUUACGCUGUGUAGUUGAACCCACCUCACGCAUGGCUAGUGUAUGACGUACAUUAUCAGGAUUAUUUGCUCAAGCGGCAAUCUAUAUCGUUAUUGUAACCAUUGAAUCUCAUGACAUUUCUGCACACCGUUGUCCCCUUGACACUUUAGACGAGGUGCAAAGUUGUUUGUUGAUCAUUUUUAUAGUAAGCAAUUGUGUUAUAUGGUGUGAAAUGUCUCACCAAUUAAAUAGUGUUUGACAUUUAUUUAUUGAGAAUUUUAUUUUCUUACGGAAUAAUUGAAUGCUCAUCUGCAAAUAUGGCACUAGAAGCGAGCAUGUAAAGCUUAGGCUGCAAUAUAUUUGUUUGUUACGUCAUAGCGUAUGUAUUGCUAAUUAUAUUAUGUCCUUAAUAACAAAGUAAUCAUUACCCCUGAGUAUUAUAUAUGACCCUUAGUGUAAACAAUAUGAAGCAUAUACUUUAAAUAUUAAUGACAUGGUACUUAAAUGUUUAUCGAUAUGUUGCAAACAUAAUGCGAAUGUUUUAAAGUAUUAAUUAACUUAAACAUGACAAAUUAUAAUAAUGGCGAUUAUUAUGGAAUAUUUUAAUUUGACACAAGAAAGGUAUUACGGCAAACUUAUUUGGUGUACUAGUACUGAUAAUUGUUAAAUCCACCAAAGAGAUUUGACACUGUGUAUAUUAGCAAUAUUGGCCAAGCACAAUUGUUCACAACGUUAAAAUCACUACUGUUUGCCGUGGUUCCUUUUAGAAUUUUGUUGUGUAAUGUAAAUAAUAAUAAUAGAUAUUUUAAUUUAUUCUUAAGAUUCUGUAUCGAUGUAUUAACUUCAUAGUCACGAAAAUGGUUUAUUUUUAAAGCUAUUUAUUUUAUCUUUUAUAAGUAGGUAUUUUAUUUAAUAAUUAAUUGAGUUUGUGCAAAUUAAGUGUAUAAUGUCUUUUAACAUAUUGUAGUUUAACAUUUUAAUCCACAUCCAUAUUUGCAGAUGUACAAUGUUUAUGAGUUAGUGAUGUUCAAUAGAAUAGUUUGAAUAAAAUUAUUUACGUUGAAAAUCUAA